UGUCCUGUGCUAGAGUGUUCUGUAUCUUCUUGUAAGUACUUUAAGUACUUCCAGACUUUUUUUUUGUUUGAUCCACUGGAUUAUUUUUGGUCUGCUCGUUUUCUCAGUUUUGGCCUGGCUCACAAAUGGAUGACGAUGAAAAGCAGCAUCCUCUCUCUCUCUCUCUCAGCGCGACUCCUCUGGAGGGAUCGGGAGUAGACUCUCAAACUUCCAGCAGCUUCCCAUUCCUGCGCCAGCUUUGAAGCGGGGGGGGGUGACCACGACGGCAGAGACAAAGGUGUGGUGAUGUUGCUCCCUGCCUUCUGCCCUCUGCCUCCUUCUGGGCUGAUGUCCACCCGGCGUGUCCCCCGAUGUGCCCUCCGCUCCACCUGACCGUUUCAUGGGCCUAAAGCCGACCUCCGCGCUCAAGCCUGGCCCCUGACCUUCACCUUUAACCCCUCACCUCACCCGCACCGCCCUCUCUCAUUCUGACUCAGCACAAAAGAACCCUCCCCCGCCACUCCAAGAUGGUGGCCCGCGCCCUCCUGGUGGUCGUGCUGUGUCGAGGUGUCCUGCUGUCCGUGGGAGAAGCGCUGCAGCCCCGCCGGGAGAUCCGUAUCGAGGGCGACUUGGUGCUGGGCGGCCUGUUCCCGGUGCAUGAGAAAGGUGGCGGCAUGGAGGAGUGUGGGCGUGUGAACGAGGACAGAGGGAUCCAGAGGCUGGAGGCCAUGUUGUUUGCCAUUGACCGAAUCAACAUGGACAAAGUUUUGUUGCCUGGCGUCUCCCUGGGUGUCCACAUCUUGGACACCUGCUCUCGAGACACCUAUGCACUGGAGCAGGCCCUGGAGUUCGUCAGAGCGUCCCUCACCAAAGUGGACGACUCAGAGUUCAUCUGUCCAGACGGCUCCUACGCUUUACCGGACGACAGCCCGCUUGCCAUCGCCGCCGUCAUCGGAGGGUCCUUCAGCAGCGUCUCCAUACAGGUUGCCAACCUUCUCCGGCUCUUCCAGAUCCCUCAGAUAAGUUACGCCUCAACCAGCGCCAAACUCAGCGACAAGACCCGCUACGACUACUUCGCCCGCACCGUGCCCCCGGACUUCUACCAGGCCAAGGCCAUGGCCGACAUUCUGCGCUUUUUCAACUGGACCUACGUGUCCACGGUGGCGUCGGAGGGCGACUACGGUGAAACGGGCAUCGAAGCCUUCGAGCAGGAAGCCCGCAUGAGGAACAUCUGCAUCGCCACUUCGGAGAAGGUGGGACGUUCCAAUGCCAAGAAGUCCUACGAAGCCGUGAUCCGCCAGCUUCUCCAAAAGCCCAACGCCCGCGUGGCAGUCCUCUUCCUGCGCAGCGACGACGCCAGAGAACUCCUGGCAGCCGCUGCCAGACUGAACGCCUCCUUCAUCUGGGUGGCCAGCGACGGCUGGGGGGCGCAGGAGAGCAUCGUCAAGGGGAACGAGGUGACCGCCGAAGGGGCCAUCACGCUGGAACUGGCCGCCAAUCCUGUGCCGGACUUCAACCGCUACUUUCUUAGCCUGAACCCGGAUAAAAACCUCCGAAACCCUUGGUUUAGGGAAUUCUGGGAGCAAAAGUUCCAGUGUUCCCUGGGUAGCGGCGGAGAGAUGCUGCUGCCCCCGUGUGACAGGAACUUAUCAAUCGGCGAGAGAAACUUUGAGCCCGAGUCCAAGAUCAUGUUUGUGGUGAAUGCAGUCUACGCCAUGGCUUUCGCCCUCCACAAUAUGCAACGGAACCUUUGCUUCAACACCACCGGACUGUGUGACAGCAUGAAGGCCUUGGACGGCCGCAGACUCUACAGGGACUUCAUCCUCAACGUCAGCUUCCCAGCCCCCUUCUCCGCCGCGGGUAGUGAGACGGCCGUCAAGUUCGAUUCCCAGGGGGACGGCAUAGGCCGCUACAACGUCUUCAGCUACCAGCGCUCGGGCGACCGCUACGGCUACGUGCCGGUGGGGGAGUGGGCCGAGAGCUUGAGCCUGAACGGCGCUCUGAUUCGCUGGCCCAGAGAAGCGGCGCCCACCUCGCAGUGCAGCGACCCCUGUGAGCGCAACGAGAUGAAGAAAAUGCAGGCAGGUGAGUAUUGCUGCUGGAUCUGCACAGCCUGCGAGCCUCACGAGUACCUGGCGGACGAGUUCACCUGCUCGCCCUGCGCCCCCGGUCAGUGGCCCACUGAGGACUUGACGUCCUGCUACGAGCUGCCGGAGGACUACAUUAUGUGGGAGGACGCCUGGGCCAUUGGUCCAAUCACAAUCGCCUGUGUAGGGUUCAUGUGCACCGGCCUCGUGUUCUGGGUGUUCAUACGACACAACAACACGCCGCUGGUGAAGGCGUCGGGUCGAGAACUGUGCUACAUCCUCCUCCUGGGCGUCUUCAUGUCCUACGCCAUGACCUUCCUCUUCCUGGCCAAGCCGUCGCCCGCCAUCUGCGCCCUGCGCCGCCUCGGCCUGGGCACGUCGUUCGCCGUGUGCUACUCGGCGCUCCUCACCAAAACCAACCGAAUCGCCAGGAUUUUCAGCGGGGUGAAAGACGGGGCGGGCACAGUGAGGCCGCGCUUCAUCAGCCCAUCCUCUCAGGUCUUCAUCUGUCUGAGCCUCAUUUCCGUGCAGUUAGUGAUGGUGUCAGUGUGGCUGCUGCUGGAAGUUCCAGGUACGCGACGUUUCACUUUGCCAGAACGGCGGCAGACGGUCAUCCUCAAGUGCAACGUGCGCGACACCAGCAUGCUGAUGUCGCUAGGCUACGACGUCCUGUUGGUCAUCCUGUGUACUGUAUACGCCUUCAAGACCAGGAAGUGUCCCGAGAACUUCAACGAGGCAAAGUUUAUUGGCUUCACCAUGUACACCACCUGUAUCAUUUGGCUGGCCUUCCUCCCCAUCUUCUACGUCACGUCCAGCGACUACAGGGUUCAGACCACCACCAUGUGCAUCUCCGUCAGCCUCAGUGGCUUUGUGGUGCUGGGCUGCAUGUUUGUGCCCAAGGUCCACAUCAUCAUGUUCCAGCCCCAGAAGAACGUGACCAGUCACCGGCUCAACCUCAAUCGCUUCAGCGUCAGCGUCAGCGGGGCGGCGGCCACCUCAUACGCCUCGCAUGCGUCUGUCAGCGCCCACUACGUGCCGACGGUGUGCAACGGCAGAGAAAUAGUCGACUCCACCACUUCCUCUCUGUGACGGACAGGCGCGCCUGGUCCCGACUGUUAGCCCACACCUUUGUGUCCGCCUCAAGCCUCGCUUGGCGUGGCACCGCGACACCUGCACCGCGUCACGGAGUCUUCAUCCAAAACCGCGUUUGCCGUGGCGUGCGACCGCACUGACCACCGGUCCGCCGGGUGCUGUUGACAUGUUGUAGUGGCCUGUACAGUAUCCAUGUGGACUCUUAAACAAUACCGUCUCGCCAAUGUAGAAAGUGUGUAACUAUAAUUAAAUUAUUUUCUAAGGAUGUACAUACUUGGAAUUGUUGUAAGUAGACACUAAUAUGAAACGGAAAAAUGUGUUUUUAGGGGGAUAUUUGGGAGCCUUUUCGUUUUUGAUAGCUUUGUUAUGAUGUACAUAGACGGUAGGCUUCAUGGCGGUGAGGCAGAAGCGCCAUUUGCCUCAUCUUGCAAUAUCCCACGGACUUUUUAUUAUUAUCAUGUUUUUUUGUAGGUUUGUUGUAAUAACGCUAAUAAUCCAACAUUUCUAUUGUGUAUGGAUACAUUUGUACAGUGCGACUAGUGGUUGAAACAGCACAACACAAUGAGGACUGCGAGUCUGUAAUGGACAUGUAUACAAAUACAUUACAUUUCCAUCUUGAUGGAUGGUGUUGUACAUCAUAUAUCCACAUAAAUAGCAUUUUUUUGCAGUGA